ACUUCGAGCACACACUCACGAUGCUGGAGUGCUUUGUCAUGAGGUUGCUCAUCUUUCCUCUCGUCAUCACAGGCAUCAAUGUCGACGGUGACAGCUUGGAGCUCACGUUUCCAUGCACCAACUCAGUGUGCUAUCACAUUUGGAGAUUUACCCAGAAAUCGGAGCGCAUCCACGUUGUCCUCACAAGUAACGGGGAGAUGAUGCAAUCCGCACGGGUUGAAUCUCAGGAGGGAAAAUGCACGAGGAAGCUUGAACGUCUGACGGAAGACAACAUUGGACUUCAUUACUGCAAGAUCACAGAUGAUGCAUUCACACCUCAAAGCGAACCUCCGGUGUUCAAAGUGGCGCCGGGCUUUGACGUAUCUUUCCAUUGCACUCUGCUGUCCUUCUUGACGCGGACCCGUUGUUCCAAAACACGAAAGUUUGAUGUCCGUUUGAGGUGGGUGGACCGAACCGGCCAAGAGAUCAGUGACAAUAUGCACUAUCGCAUAUCGCAAAAGUCACGGUGCGACGUCACCUUGACCGUCACCUUGCAAACUCCGGGGAGUGAGGAGUUCAGGUGCCAGGCGAUCGUGGGAGAAAAGUCCUGGACUUCGGCAGAGAUGCGAGUCCAAGUACCAGUUCCCAAAGGGAGGGGAAAAGGAAGAGGAGACUUCAACGUCAAAGAAGUAAAUCCUCAGGGUAUGGAAUUAAGUCCACUCAGCUUUGAAAAUGCCUUAAAAAUGCCUAAUAUGCCACAGAAGUCAUUUGUAUCCAUAUUCCCAAUAGACAGCCACUACAAAGUUGGCGUGGUGGUGGCGGUGUUGGCGUGCGCCAUGUUGACCGCCUUGGCUGCCAUGUUUGUCGUAUUCAGGCGACGAAAGGCAGCAAACCUACACGACGCCUCCUGCCCCGCGGGCAUUCACGACCACGUGGCGGAUGACGUCAUUUACGCGGAUGUCGUCCUCCCUGUUGGUCCGGAUAGAGUGUCCUUCUCCCAAGGCCAAGAUACGGAAUAUGCGUGCAUUCACUACCACUAGGCCUUAAUGUGUGUGCAUGUCGGCAGAGUAUUAUUUUUUUAAUGAAUCAUGUUUUGUAUGCGUUGGAAUGUAGUCUACAUAUGUGUCAGCUAAGCUUAAAUAUUUGUAUGUUAUGCAUUUGAAUAGUCUACCUCAAGAAAUACCACUUCCCUUUUUUUUUUUGUCAUGUGCCCAAAAAAGACUGAGUUUCUGAUUUCCUGAGUUUUGUGCACAUUCUGUUCUUAGUUUUCUUUAUCCUUUUUUUUUGGUUUUAAAUUGAUUUUUUUUCCUCUCUGAAAUGUUACAUUUUCAUCUUGUAAAAUUAAAAUUGAGACGUCAACAAA